AUGGCUCCACCAGCUUCUGCUCCAUUGCAAGCACGCGUACUUUUACUUGUCAAGACACUUCAAUUUGCUUGGUUUACUGGCCAUGUCUUGACACUUCUCGGCACAAUCUUAUAUGCCAUUACUGUCGCUUUAUUCCGUUCUAACACAUACUUUUAUAAGCUCGCUUACUUUGGCGCCUUGUUAUCAUAUGGUGUUGUUAUUUACAAGUCUCACGGCAAACCUCAACCUAAUGCCAGUUAUGCUCGCAAGCUGGUCAUGGACGAAAACGCUCAGUAUCUAUUGCUCGCACUCUUCUGGUUCUUUUCUGCUCCCAUCACUGUUACUUUGAUACCCUUUUUCACCUUCUCAGCAUUCCAUGCACUUGGGUAUGUUCGCACCAACAUCAUUCCCUAUGUAUUCCCUCGUCCCGCAGCACCAGCUGGUGGAAACGAAACUGCACCCGCUUCAUGGCAAGCCAAUGUUCAAGAAAAGAUCAAAUCUUGGACUGAUAAAUACUAUGGCGCUGCUAUGCGUUUCGUUGCUCAAUCCGAAGUUACUGUCAUUGCUGUUCGUUUGAUUUUGGGUCUGUUCCGUCUGAAUAUUGUGCCCAUCAUCUUGUUUGCACAAUUCCUUCGUUUCCGUUAUCAUUUAUCAACAUACACCCGUCAAACCUUCACCGAGCUUCGCGUCAAGUUGGAUGCUUUGCUCUUGCCUCCUUCAGCUGAUCCCCGUAUUCCCGUUGUUGUUACCAAAGCUUACACAAUGGCCAAGGGCCUGAUUACACAAUUUGGCAACUCUAUUGUUCAAGCUCAACCUGCUACUGCUCAAUAA